AUGCCAUUCCGGCAGUGACGCACGGAAAGCAAAAGAUAUCAUCCUGAAGGAAGGAUUUCAAACAAUAGUUCUUCCUUGUUCAGAAUUUGAUGGAAUCUGUUAUUGGUGAUCGAAAAGAAAGCCAAAGGUAGCUUUCCGACGAAUGAUUUAAUAAAUAUCACUUGGCCAACGACAUUAGAAAAAUGUUAAUUGCAGGGAUUCGUUUUGAUCUCGUUCUGGUUUCCAUUUUGGUGGGAAAUGUUUAUUCUUCCUGUUUAUUCUAUAAGACAUGCCCUUGCGGCACCACCGGCAAGAACUAUACGCGUUGCAAUAAAGCUGUGAUUCCGCAAUAUUCAUGUGAAAGAUGGGCCAACUGCCAAACAUGUAAAGAUAACUACGAGUUCUGUUUGACAUGCCCACCCGGUCAUUUUGGACCUACCUGCAGAGACGGUCCUUGUCCACUCUUAAAACGACCUAAAUAUGGAUCUAUUAAGUGCGUAUUUAUUGGCACUUUUAGAUCUUCUUGCACAGCCCGUUGCAUGGCAGGUUAUCAAUUUGAAAAUGAACCGACUACUGAAGAAAUUACCUUGAAAUGUCAUCAAAAUUCCUGGACUCCCCGCCAGGAAUUCCCAGAAUGUAAAUCCGCUGGAAGACAAUGCACUUUGAAAAUAACCGGAAAUAGUUCUUACAAUUGUACAACUGACAUGGAACGAACAUAUUGUGAUAUAACCUGUAACGACAAGUUCCACGGAAGGUACUACUGUUUGCCAGGGAGAGGUUGGAAUUCGACACUUCCCGUUUGUGCAGCUCCAAGAGAUCCAAAUUUGCUUCCAGUGAAAAAGGAAAAGGCUAUUUGUCCUGAUCCUGGCACACCCAAGGAUGGAGGCAGGGUAGAUCUCAAGGGAAACCCCAUUCCUACACAACACAUUUUCAAAGAAGGGGAUGUAAUUCUUUACUUCUGCAAUGAGAAGAACACAGAUUUCCAACCAAGCACGUAUCUUACCUGCAGAUCGGAUACUACUUGGGAUGGAAUACUUCCUCAGUGUGGGCCCUCUCAUAAAAAAGAAGCCGCCGUCCAGACGGAGUCGUCUUGUAAACAUCCGGGAGUGGUCGAAAAUGGAAUAAUUGAAGAUUUUGCAUCCGAAACUGAACAAUUUUCGGAAGGCACGGAAUUAAGGUUCUUAUGUAGGGAAGGUUAUGAAAUACAAGGUCCGAAUGUCAUUUAUUGUCUUCGCAAUUUUUCAUGGUCAGAGGCCCCACCAAUCUGCAAACAAAUUGAUGCAAUCGCAGCAUCGAUAUCUCCUGAAAACCUAUCUUGUAAACAUCCCGGUAUUGUAAAAAAUGGCUUUAUUGUGGAAGAUGUAUCAGAAAUGCAAAGCUUUCCCGUAGGGAGUGUUUUGAGAUUCCAAUGCAAAGAAGGAUACGAAAUGGUAGGAGUUGAUGUUAUUCAUUGCCUUCAUAGUGUUGAUCAAAGAGGUUAUUGGUCAGAUCUACUACCAUUCUGUAGAUAUAUUCCUACAACGACAACGAUGAAAACCGCUGCAAAAUUUUCUUGCACACAUCCUGGAAUAGUCGAAAAUGGUUUUACUGAAGAUUAUCCUCUAGGAACACAAAGUUUUCCUGUAGGUACAGCUCUGAAAUUUCAGUGUAGAGAAGGCUAUGAAAUAGAAGGCCCAAAACAUCUGUAUUGUAUACGCAAUGGGGAGUGGUCAGAGAGUCCACCACGUUGCAAAGUUAUGCCAACAACACCAGCCCCAGAAGUGACUUGUGAGCAUCCUGGAAUGGUAAAAAACGGCAGGUUUGAAGGGGAUACAUCCAUGACUAAUUUUCCCGUGGGUACACCUCUGACAAUCAAUUGUACAGCAGGAACUCAGAGAGAAGGGCCAAAGACUAUCUACUGUUUAUACACUGGAAAGUGGUCAGAAGCACCACCUACCUGUAAAUUUAUUCGAGUACCAACAAGACAAGUACCUCAGAGGGCAUCGCAAGUACUAUGCAAGCAUCCUGGAGCAAUAGAGAAUGGUGUAAAUAAAUAUAGUGCAGAAGUAUACAUGGUGGGUAGUGAAAUAAAAUUCGAAUGCAAAGAAGGCUAUACGAUAGAAGGGUCAGACACUCUUUACUGCCAGGACAAUGGCCAAUGGACAUCAGCCCCUCCAAUAUGCAUACCACAAGAAAAAAUACCAGAUUGUGGGAGAGUUUUUCAGGAAGUUUAUGCAAUGACUGGAAAAUACACACGUAGUGACUGGCCCUGGACAGUAGGUAUUAGUACAGUAGACGUAGAUGAUGUUGAGAAAAUGUUUUGCGGUGGAGCGCUUUUAAAUAGUAAAACAGUUCUUACGGCAGCCCACUGUGUUACAAGUGCUCAAAAUAUAAAGCUGCAUUUUGGUCAUCAUCAGCAAGUCGGUCCUGGUGCUCCAGUGUCAGAACAAGUUAGAAAUGUUUCCCGAAGAAUCAUACAUCCAGAAUAUGAUGAUGAAACACACGCUAAUGAUAUAGCUCUGAUGAAGUUUGAUCAUCAUAUAUAUUAUGAUCCUAGAACUCAACCAAUUUGCUUACCGACGCCCAUUCUUAAUUCAUCUGGUAAAAGUGUACUUCCAGGAACAAUAGCCAUUGCAACAGGGUAUGGACUGGAAUUUGCCGCAAACCAUCCUUCAGUAGCGAAGUUCAAGAUGCUGGAGCUUUUAGUACAAUCUGAGAAAAAGUGCGGAAACAUCUGCCGCGACCAAGGUUUGGUCUCUUGUAGUCCAAGUACAUUUUGUGCAAGCUCCAUGAAGGAUAUCCUGGAAUGUAUAUAUGGUGGAAGCCCUCUGGUCGUCUAUCAUCCAGAAAAAAGUCGUUAUACUUUAGAAGGACUAGUAACUCGCGCGCAGUCUGCUCGAAACCAAUGGAACGGUAGGUGCAAACGAGCAGAAAGAUAUACAACAUUUACAAAUGUUACCACUUUUAUGCCAUUUAUUUUGGAAAACUUGAAUUGAAAGAUUGGUCAGAUAUAUAAAUACUGAUGUACAUAUUAUUUGACACAAUCUAAACUGUAUUACGAUUUAUGUCUCAAAUGAAAUAAAACUCAAAUUAAGAAGCA